ACGGCUCUCGAGGGACCAUGGCCGAUCCUCACGUGAGGCAGAUCAAGAUCAAAACCGGCGUGGUGAAGCGAUUGGUCAAAGAAAAAAUGAUGUAUGAGAAAGAAGCAAAACAACAAGAAGAAAAGAUUGAAAAAAUGAAAGCCAAAGAUGGUGAAAAUUGCAUUAAAAAGCAGGCAGAGAUCCUGCAAGAGUCCCGGAUGAUGAUCCCAGAUUUCCAGCGCAGGUUGGAAGCUGCAUAUACUGAUCUUCUGCAGUUAUUAGAGAGUGAAAAAGACUUGGAAGAAGCUGAGGAAUAUAAGGAGGCACGUUUAGUACUGGAUUCAGUGAAGUUAGAAGCCUGAAGGUUUUCUAUACAGGGUGUUUUUUUGCAUUAAGUCCUGAGAUCCGUUCCACAAUUCAUUAUUUUUGACCACUGCUAUGUGUUCAAGUAGUAUGAGAAUGUGAUUCUUUUUAUGCAGUGCAUAUGUUUUUCUUUGCCUG